CGCAGCGCUGGGACUCAUGCAUGGGUGGGAUAGAUAGCCGGCGUUUUCGGCGUCGGCUCCAGCGCCUCUUCAGUCUUCAGCCGCGGAGACAGAGUCAGCUCUUCUUCCUUUCAGUAGUCUGUCUUUGAGCAGAGCCACCUCCAUCCAGCCAGAGCGCCUGCCUGCAGAGCGAUGAUGGCGCUGAGCGAGAGGCAGCCGCAGUCGGAGAAGAAGGCCCCGCGGGCGAGGCCCAUGUCGGGGAAGGCCGUGUUCGUGCUCUGCGCCACCAGCUUCUUCGUGGGGCUGCUGCUCAGCGGCCGGAUGACGGUACUGACGCCGCCGGCGUCGGGCGGCCACGGCGGCUCCAGGAUCGCCCUAUUCUCCGACGACGACUGCGAGCACAGGCGUAAGCUGGAAGAAGAGAGCAACCCGAACGAUGUCAUGAACGAGGUGUCACGAACCCACCAAGCCAUUCGGUCUCUGGACAAGUCGGUGUCGUCGCUGGAGAUGGAGCUGGCGGUGGAGCGGGCCAAGAGGAACGGCGGCCUGGGCGCGGCGGUGCCGUCCAAGGGCCUCCCGAAGGUGUUCGUGGUGGUGGGCAUCAACACGGCCUUCAGCAGCAAGAAGCGGCGCGACUCGCUCCGCGACACCUGGGUGCCCCGGGGCGACAAGCUCCGGCAGCUGGAGAAGGAGAAGGGGGUGGUGGUGCGGUUCGUGAUCGGGCACAGCGCCACGCCCGGCGGCGCGCUGGACCGGGCCAUCGACGUGGAGGAGGCGGAGACCAGGGACUUCAUGCGGCUGGACCACGUGGAGGGCUACCACGAGCUCUCCUCCAAGACCAGGAUCUACUUCGCCGCCGCCGUCGCCACCUGGGACGCCGCCUUCUACGUCAAGGUCGACGACGACGUACACGUCAACCUAGGGAUGCUGACGAACAGGCUCGCCAGGUACAGGACGACGCCCAGGGUGUACGUGGGGUGCAUGAAGUCCGGCCCUGUGCUGUCGCAGAAGGGCGUCAAGUACCACGAGCCUGAGUCUUGGAAGUUCGGGGACGAGGGGAACAAGUACUUCCGCCACGCCACGGGGCAGAUCUACGCCAUCUCCAGGGACCUCGCCUCCUACAUCUCCAUCAACCAGCCGAUACUGCACCGGUUCGCGAACGAGGACGUGUCGCUGGGCGCGUGGCUCAUCGGGCUCGAGGUGGAGCACGUCGACGACCGGAGCCUCUGCUGCGCCACGCCCCCAGACUGCGAGUGGAAGAAGCAGGCCGGGAACGUGUGCGCGGCGUCCUUCGACUGGUCCUGCAGCGGCAUCUGCAAGUCCGUCGACAGGAUGAGGGCCAUCCACAGCGCCUGCGGCGAGGGCGACGGAGCCGUCUCCAACUUCGCCGCCGCCUGAUCCGCCGCCCCCUCCCCGUGAUGUCGACCA